AUGGCUGCUUGCCCGCAAUCAAUGUCGGAUACCACUCAGCCCGACAGCAGUCAGGGUCUGUUCUUCGAUGCCUGUAAUACCUUCCGACACAAUGUACCUCGAUCUGUCUUGGAGCAAUUCCAAAGCGUCACUUCUCUGAAAGACCUUGAACACGCUAUCAAGGAGAUCGAGAGCCAACAAGCAGCGCGUCGAUCGUUAAGGAACCUGCGCAAAGUCCGUCCAUUCCUCAAUGCGCUGAACGAUUAUGCCGGAGUGAUUGAGGUCUUUGUCAACGCCAAACCAGACAUUAUGGCCUUUGUAUGGGGUCCGAUCAAGUUCUGUCUCCAGGUUACUUCAAAGUUCGAUCGGGCCUUUGAAUCGCUGUUGAACACAUACGUGCAACUACGUGCCUCGUUCCCAAACAUCAAAGCCAUCGAGGAGCUUUUUAAAUCUCACGAAGCCGUCCGCACAGUUCUCAGCAACGUCUAUGCUGAUAUACUCGCCUUUCACACCAGGGCCAUUCUAUUUUUCUCUAAACGUGGCUGGAGAAUCGUUCUUCGAGUGACUUGCCGGCCCUUUAGUGAUCUAUUUGGUGAUAUAUUUCAAAACCUUGACCAAUCCAAAACACUCCUUCUAGACACCGCAAACAUAGCCCACUUCCAAGAGUCUCAAGAGGGACGGCAGCUCACCGUCCAAGCCUUCCAAGAGCAACAGGAUGAAGCAAGGCAACGCAGACGCCAAUACGUUACCACCUGGCUCAAUGCAUUCCCACACAAGAACCAACAAGCUGACCUACGGGCCCUCCGAAAGGAGUAUCCUGGUACAGCUACAUGGAUCUUGCGAGAACCGGCUUGGGAAGGUUGGUCGACCAACAGUGCCCGUGAUGAACGAGUAUUCUGGGUUUCUGGUAUUCCGGGAGCUGGCAAGACAGUGCUUUUCAGCGUCAUGGUCGACGACCUCGAGACAAAGGCCGACCGUCUAAGAGAGAAGGUCGUGGUGUAUCUCUAUUGCAAGUACAAAGACAGCUCAAGAGACAACUUCCUGGCCUUGCUGAGGUCUCUCAUCAACGGCCUCCUCGCAGGCAACGAGUUUUGCCUGGACUAUCUCUAUGAUGUCGCAGUUCAAAGUGGGGAGCCUCAAGCAACCACUAUACAGCCCUUGAAGCAGGCUGUCCAUGACCUGUUACGAUGUCAUGAGCAAGCUUUCAUCGGCAUUGAUGGACUUGACGAAUGUGAGCCGUCAGAACGUGCCUUGCUCAUCUCCUUCAUCCGAGAUCUUCGGUCUUCUACGCAGGAUGAGCUACCUGUGCACCUUUUCGUGGCGAGCAGAGCAGAACACGACUUGGAGAAAGCCUUUGGCUCGGCCUGCAGGCUUAAUCUCACUCAGGAGAAUGUCUCCGCGGAUAUCCAAAGCUACACAAUGGCGAGAGCACGCGCAUUGAGCCGGAGCCGGAGCCGGUUUCUAAUGGGUGAGGGCGAGGAGCGUGAGUUGGCGAGUGACGUUGCAAAGCGAGCAGACGGAAUGUUUCUCCUUGCCAAACUGACGUUUGCUAUGUUCGACCAAUGCUUGAACAGGGAGCAAUUCGACGAAGAACGAGCUGGUGACAGACUGCCCAAGGGCAUUGACGAAGCUUACAGCAGACUGCUAUCUCGGAUCCGGGACAGGGAUGAUGCUGCCAGGAGGCCCGGUGCCAGGCCACUUCUCGAGAUUCUGACAUUCGCACGUCGAACAUUAUACAGGCAUGAAAUCCAAGCAGCAUUGUCCAUCAGCACGCAAAAGAGAGACAUCGACAUUGAGCGACGGAGAUAUACACAGGAGUUCAAAGAGAUCUGUGGAUCCCUGGUCGAAGUGAACUCUGACGAGUCGGUGGUUCUUGUGCAUGCCACUGCCAAACAGUUUUUGGCCAGGGAACCGCAUGAUUUAUUCAACCCUGCUGGAGCGGAAGCAAGGCUCGCACACACUUUUGCCGUCUACCUAUGCAUGGACUUCUUCAACACCAGUUCCAACGAACAGAGUUUGAAAGAUGCAGCAAUGAAAGGGUGCUUUGCAUUGCAUCGAUAUGCCCUCUGCCAUUGGCUGUCACACGUGGAAUACUGCUUCAGCCUUAGGAGCCCCAGCCGGUAUCCCGAGGGGGGGUUGCAAGCUCUGCAUAACGACAUUGAAACAGCGCUAGCCGUCGCCUUCAACCAUUCAGGCAAUCAGGACGGAUUCGAUCAGACAAUGAACUCAACCGAGGCCCGCUGGAGCUAUUUGGAAGCAAUAACUUCACCUUUCAGAGAUCUGCGGAGCAACGUUGACCCCUUGGAGGAUACCAGUCCAUUCUCCCAAGCCUUUCAGCACUUGAGGCGCGUGGAGACCAUCGUCGAGGAUUUGAUAGCAAACUCGGAUGUGACAAACACCAAGGAGUUGUUGCGAACUCAAUAUGGCAGUCGCCCGUACUACUGUUCUUCCCCGGGCUGCAGGAAAUUCUACGAAGGCUUCUCGUCUCGAACCAAAAGAAACACCCACGUCAAAAUCCAUGAAAGACCUUACAAGUGCGAGUAUAUUGAUUGUGACUUCGCUAAGACGGGAUUUGCUUCCCAAGCCGGCUUGAAACACCACAUCGAUUUUUUCCAUAAACCCAGCGACAUCGACAACUUGGUGGAGAUAUUUGCACAACUGGAGCCUCGAUCUUUCUUGGAUCUUCUUACUGAAGCAGCGGACAAGGACGACGCAGACAAGGUGGAAGCCCUUUGUGCCGAGGCUGAGCACCCUCUACUCCCUCUGGCUUAUUCUGCGGGUCUUCUACGCCGAGCAUUCCGGCGUAACUCUCUGGAGUCGGCAGGUGUAUUGAUCAAAUAUUUGGGUAGUCAGGAAGUACUUCUGAAGGCAGACGCUCUCAUGUCAGCAGUGAAAAAGGGCGAUGUAAAGCUCCUACGACAAAUAUUGGACAUUACGGGAAGGGAUUGUUACCAGUCGAGGAGUGGACUGUUGACAGCUGCUCUGAUUGUUGCUGUAAAAUCCGGUAACGUCGAUUCCCUACCGGCGCUGCUAGAUUGUUUCGAGUCAGUUACAGAUAUUUACUACUGUUAUCGCCCACUGCAAGCAGCAGUAACGACAGGAAGAUUGGACGCCUGCUCACUUCUUGUAGAGCAUGCAGAAAAAAGAGGCAAUCUCAAAGUCGUCAAAAAUACCUGUAUGAUGGCCGCGGGCAAGGGUCGAAGGGAUAUUGUGCGGCUACUUCUACCACAGCUACUGGCAAAGGGUCACUUCACCCAGAAGAGGUAUCUGCCUGUGCAAUCAGCUGCGAACGAGGACGACGCAACAUCUGCCUUCCUAGCCAUCGUCAACACGAGGAACGGCGGCAAAGGAUUCCGAGGCAACCUACAGGAAGCUGCAUCUCGAGGAAAUCUUCAAGACGUCAAGACUAUACUUCAAUUGGGAGUUGAUAUCAACUAUACAAGCGGUUCCCACGGCACUGCCUUGGCUGCUGCUGCUAGGAAAAACCACAUCACUCUGGUCAAAUUUUUGCUUGAGAAUGGCGCAGAUGUUGGCGUUCUUGGAGGCAAUCAUUAUGGAAGUUCCAUAGGAGCGGCAGCAGCUGGUGGGUUUCUCGAGAUCAUGGAGAUUCUGACAGAAGCCGGCGCAUCCUUGAAUAACUGCUACUAUUCCUACACAAACGUAAGGAAGGUUUCAUGCACAGCUCUUCACGCAGCAGCCUUAGAGCCUCAGGAGGCUAGUAUAAACUGGCUGCUUUCUCACGGUGCAGAUAUCAACGUAUUGGACGGAGAAGGCCAAACUGCUUUGGUUUCAUUGGUCUCAAGUUUGGAUACUCGGAAGUAUCGCGGUCGUCUCAAGUCCGUUCCGAAGCUGCAAAAGAUGAUAAAGAUCACGACUAUGCUCUGUGAGGCGGGACUGGACAUCAACAAGCGCAGCACAAACAACGAAUAUGUCUUGGGAGCUCUGCUUCAUAGCAUUCCCAAUGUGGUGCCUAACGAAAGGUCUGGAGACACGUUGCUACGGUUUGUGCAGACCAUGAUCGACCAUGGUGCCCGUUGCGAUAUGAAGGGCCCACAAGGUCGAUCAAUACUCUUCGAGUUUGGGAGACCUUCCUUGAUAAACUACAGCUUCACACGAUCUCUCGCAACUGUUCUAAUUGAUAAUGGUGCAGAUAUCGACAUGGAAGACGAUGAGGGGAUCAGCGCAAGGCAACACCUGACUAGGACGAACCCUGGACUUUUAGAUUCGCUCGGGAUCUCUCACUGGAUAUCGCAAGUCACAGACAGUGUGGAGGAGGCAAGCAGCCGAGAAGUGAGGCAGUCAGCGACCGACGGCAGCUUGGGUCUGGACAUACAGCCUCUACCAAACGGCCAUGACACGAAUUCAGACCUUCAAAUCCAUCCUGGUGCUGCGAUAGACGAGGAAGAGUUCAGAAGCUGGGACCAAGCAGAUACUGAUAUCCCGAUCAAAUGCCAUCCCCCAUGGGAUAUAGACGAGGCAGAAGAUGUCGACAUGUCCAUGGAAGGCCAGGAGAGCCUAGGUGGCUCCUAUCAUGACACUCACUCCCAGGGUAUUCAUGGCCCAAGCCACGGAUCACAACACGAUCCAAGUUGGAACACGUUUUCGAAUCUCGAUUCGACUGCAAUGCAAGAUUCAGUAUGGUUCAACGAUGCCAUGGCUUGGUCCAGCUCUACACCGGGUCCCUCUGCCCCUGACAUCUACCACGACAGUCUGGAUGGAAACCCUUGGGUCGAUGACGACAGCUUAUCCUCUCCAAAUCGGCGGACUGGACCUUGGACUGGAAACAACGACCCACUAGGAGCCGAUGAGCAGAUGGGAGGUCAUUUCGGCUAG